GAUCACACAGUAGCUGAACACCGGAUCACACAGUAGAUCACAGUAGCUCACAGUAGAUCACAGUAGCUUACCGCUCAUCGCUUGAAUUUAGUCGUGAACAUCUGCGUCAUCAUGAGAUUGUUGAGUACUUCAGCUACUGCCACAGCUCUCUCCUGCCUCGCUGGGGUUGUCUUCUUUUUCUUCACUCAGCUUGGAUCAUGUAGAGGUGCUGUCUCAGGUGAUAAUAGAGCACCGCUCAAACAAGAUGAUGAGGAUUUUGAUGAUUUGAAAGAGUAUUCAUUGGCACAACCUUCCAGACCAAGCUAUGAAUCAGCGUUACAACGUGAAAUAAUACCUUCAAUAGGAGUAACUGUUGGUAUUGGUACUGGUAGUACAGCCCCAUCUACAGGAUCUGCUUCGGUACCUGAUGCAGUAUCUGUUCCAGAAUCAGUUACAGGAUCUUCUACGGGAUCAGUACCAUCUACAGUACCCACUACAGUAUCUGCUCCAAGAUCUGUUUCUGAUACAGUAUCUUCUACAGCAUAUGCUUCAGUACCUGCUACAGGAUCUAAUACAGUACAAGCUACAGAAUCUGGUACAGGAACAAGAACAACUGACAACAAUCCCAUUUAUCAGCAAAUUUCCACCAUGAAAUCCACAAUCUUCCAGAAUGUACUAUUUAAAAUGCAAAAUGGGUUCAGAAUGUUCCUGAGUUCAUUAUUGAAUGCUAUGAAUAAUUCUAGAACUGGUUCAAGAAGUGGAACUGGAACGGAAACGGGAGCACCUGGAGCAGGAACCGGAACAAUUAAUGCUGGAGCAGGACCAAGCAACCCAGGAAUACAAUCACCAGGAACUGGAACAGGAGCACCUGGAGCAGGUACUGGAGCAGGAGCACCUGGAGCAGGAACUGGAACAGGAGCAUCUGGAGCAGGAACUGGAACAUCAGCACCUGAAGCAGGUACUGGAACAUUAGCUCCUGGAGCAAGUACUGGGACAGGAACACCUGGAUCAGUAACUGGACCAGGAGCACUUGAAGCGGGAGCUGAAGCAGGAGCAUCUGGAGCAGGAACUGGAACAGGAGCAUCUGGAGCAGGAACUGGAACACAAGCACCAGUAGCAGGUACUGAAACAUUAGCACCUGGAGCAAGUACUGGAACAGGAACACCUGGAGCAAGUACUGGAACAGGAACACCUGGAUCAGGAACUGGACCAGGAGCACUUGGAGCAGGAGCUGAAACAGGAGCAUCUGGAGCAGAACUGGAACAGGAGCAUCUGGAGCAGGAACUGGAACAGGAGCAUCUGGAGCAGGAACUGGAACACAAGCACCAGGAGCAAGUACUGGAACAUUAGCACCUGGAGCAAGUACUGGAACAGGAACACCUGGAUCAGGAACUGGACCAGGAGCACCUGGAGCAGGAACUGGACCAGGAGCACCUGGAGCAGGAACUGAAACAUUUCCACCUGGAACAGGUACUGGAGCAGGAACUGGAUCAGGAGCACCUGGAGCAGGUACUGGAGCAGGAGCACCUGGAGCAAGACCUGGAACAUUUGCAUCUGGAGCAGGAACUGGAACAGGAGCACCUGGACCAAGAACUGGAACAGGAGCACCUGGAGCAGGAACUGGAAGAUAUGCACCUGGAACAGGAGCUGGAAGAAUACUCUGAUAACACUGAUAGGGGCACUGAUUCAGGAACUGGAACUGGAGCUAGUUCUUUUUUGAUACGGUACCAGUUAGAGUAUUCCCAAUCCUGGAUCCUCAAUUCCAAAACCUCAUCUUUGGACCCUUAUACAAAAAUUCGGAAAUUGAAGAAAAUUUUGGUUCUGUCAACCUGCCCUAGGGACAACUCCAGCAUCAGUGCCCAAUGCAUGGAAGAGUAUGAAAGUAAAAUAAAAUCGUAGUACUUCUGGACCAUCAACAUCUGAUACUGCAGUGUUUUUAAACUAGUGAUUCCAGAACUUGAAAAAUUGGUUGUUUUCAAUGCUAUUUUAAUAAUAUUCUUCAAUGGCAAGUCUUGAACUUUACAUUGGUUUGAAUUAAAUCAUUUUUGAAGUUGGAA